AAGAAUUGUUCAGUAGUCGUUGAGCAAUUAACCCGAGUGGAACGUCAACAUGUCUUUUACAGUAACGUCUUGGUCUCUACAAUGUACCGUUGUGUUGCUGGUAGUGUUGGCGUGCUCGGCAUUCGUUUAUUAUUAUACUUAUGUGUUUGCCUAUUGGCGAAAACGAAAUGUACCGCAUGUGACACCGGCUGUGCCUCUGUUUGGAAACGUCUUUAGACUGACUCUGGGACUGGACAAUUUGGCCGGUUCGUUCGACCGAAUGUACAAACUGUGCACCGAGAAAAAGUACAUAGGAUACUACCAGAUGAAAACGCCCACGUUGAUUGUGUGCGACCCGGAAAUCGUGCAAACCAUUCUGGUUAAGGACUUUUCGCACUUCACCGACCGCUGGGCGCACAUCGACAUCGAGUCCACGCCGUUUGCCAACAACUUGUUUCACAUGAAGGGAAGCCGUUGGAAGGCGAUGCGAAACAAAAUAAGCCCGGUGUUCACGUCCCGGAUGCUGAGGAACAUGCACGAUCAGAUCGAAGAUUGCAGCGGAGAAUUGUUGAGAAACGUGCAGAGUGACCUAGAGCUGUGCUCAGACUCGAUAGAAGUAAGACACGUCAUGGGCAAUUAUUCCACGGACGUGAUCGGCACUUGCGCCUUUGGUUUACAAUUGAACGCAAUUUCUGACAAAGAUUCGCCGUUUCGCCAAGCUGGAAAAGCCAUAUUCAACCCGCCACGGCCGUCUUUGUUGAAACAAACCCUAUUGACGAUUGUGCCGCGGUUGAACAAAUUACUGAAGAUAACGCCCUGGCCCGCACACCUGACGGAUUUUUUCAUAAACGCGUUCAAGGACACAAUGAAGUACAGGGAAGACAACAAUAUCUCGCGAAACGAUCUUGUGCAAUGUCUUAUGCAAGCCAGAACCGAUUUCGUCAUUAACAAAAUCGAUCCGUCGGUGAACUUCACAGAAGUAGACAUAAUUGCCAAUGCUUUUAUUAUGUUUGCUGCUGGAUUCGAGACGGUGUCUACUACAAUGAGUUAUUGUCUGUAUGAGCUUGCGUUAAACAAAACAAUCCAAGACCGCGUUCGCAAAGAAAUGUUAGUGGCAAAAACUAAGCACAACGGUGAAACGAACAGUGAACUCUUGACGGAUCUCAGUUAUUUGGGAAUGGUGAUAGCAGAAACACUGCGCAAGUAUCCACCCACGCUUGUACUUAUGAGGUCAUGUACAUCGACCUAUCAGGUUCCCGGCGACAAUUUGAUAAUAGAAAAAGGCACAAGAGUAUUGAUACCCGUUUACAGCAUUCAAAUGGACCUGAAAUAUUUCACAGACCCGACGACGUUCAAUCCAGAACGUUUUGCUCCUGAAAAUAAGUCUAAGCUGCUGGGCGGUACUUAUAUUCCUUUUGGAGAUGGUCCCCGUCAUUGCAUUGGAAAACGCUUUGCAGAAAUGGAAAUGAAAUUGGCACUUACCGAGUUGUUGAGCAAAUACGAAGUAGAGCCAUGCGAGAAGACCCAAAUCCCCAUCGUUUUUGCUAAAAGAACUCCCAUGGCUAUACCCGAAAAAGGAAUAUGGCUGAAAUUUAAGGCCAUCGACUGCUAGCCAUAUGAUUUGGUUUUGCCUUUUCUUAUUUGCAUCUAAUUGAAACCGACUUAAAAACAUUUGCAUCCUAAUUCCAAACUAGGUGUACACGGUGUAUCGAUUGAAUGCAUAAUGUUCUAUGAUUAUUGAGGCACUGUAUAUAUUAUAAUAAUUAUAACCAAUGUAUCAUAACAGUUUGUAAAAUUAGGUCUGAUAUAUUAUGUAUACUAUGUGAUCAUUUUGACUCGAUACAUAAUAUUGUAUUAGCUUAAUCUUUCAGCUAUAGUAUUAUCGGGCUCGAAUUAAAAUUAUCGUCUAACAUUGGCUAUAUUAUAUAGAAGUGUAUAGCGUGCUAAUAAAAACCAAGAGUUGUGGUUAUAGUGAAUGUUUUUAUAGUCUCUGGCAGGUAUAUAUUAUAAUAUUAAAAUAUUAUAAUAUUAUAUUAUAUUUAUUGAUUUUUAAGAUAAAUUAUUAUAAUAUUAUAAAUUCGGAUCAGAGUGUUGGCCUCUCCAACUCUGUGGAUUUGUGAUUAGGUAUCACUUAAAUCGUUAAGGCUAAACAUAAAUACGAUAUUAUAUGUCUCUUUUUAGCUAGUAGUGAUGUGUACUAACUAAUUUAUGCAUACGACUAGUAGCUGGUAGGCGGCUGGAUAGAUCAUAGAUUCCGAGUGGGUUGUGGAGAUCAGUGUCUAGCGGUUAGGCUAGCUAUCUGUCAGAUCAGAAAGGACCUACUAAGAAAGCGAGUGUCUGGUGCUUCUUGCUUAAAGACAG